AUGACCAUCACAACUUCCCAGCACCUAGUUACAGACAUUUCUGGCAGCGUCCACGAUGCGAUGGACUUCGAGCCAACGAGAAAACACAUCGAUCGAAAGAUGGGGGACGAACAACAAAACCAUCGAAGCGAAGUCCAUGACAAAGCCGAUGAGCACUAUGCCCGAAUGGCAAGGAAGAAAUGGAACGCCUCGGAAAACUACAACAAAUAA